UUACAUUCACUGUCAUUGGAACUCACUCAAAAGCAUUCGAAUAGUUUUUUAAGCCAUGCUUUUGCGAGAAUAUAUGACUUUGAAAAGAACACUUUUAAAACAAAACAUUCGUACCGAUCUGAAUCCCUUGAAAUGAAUUAAGAGGACUGGUUAAUUUUUCGAUAUCCUAUUUACUUUGUAAUUCUGAAAGAUAUAACAAGAUGUUGACCUGUUUACCGUUGAAAACAUAUAAUGCGUUUUAGAUAUUAUCCAAUGAAAUGUUAGAAUGUGUUUCAGCAAAUCGUAUUUGAUUAAAAUAACUAAAUCAUGUGACAUAAAAACAUGACCUUUAAAAGCUUUGCAACAUUCUAUCAGAUUCAGUGAUUAGUUAUGUUAUAGCUUUUUUCCAUUAGUGUAAUGAUCUGUGAAGACGCGCAUGCAUAAUAAAACCGCACAACCAUACCGACAAUAAAAUACUCCGCAAUGUAUUACUACGUUUAAAAUCAAAAUGUAAUGUGGGGUAAAUCAGCAAUCGAACACUAUCACAGUUGUUGCGUUUGUAUUGGAAUAAUGGUUCUGUAUAAGUUGACAUUCCUACUUUUGUUUGGAUCUCUGACGGAGCGGUUACCAGGUAACCCUCUACCACGCGACAAGAGGGCGGCCUGCGAGAUUCCGCCGACUUCAGAAACGCCAAAGCCCAUGCUCAUAGACAAAAAGGAUUUCCCAAAGAACAACUUCAGGAUGGCGUUGAAGGAUAAGUGUAAAGAAUUCAAUCAGUUCCUCGAUGAGGCUAAAAAAGAGGCCCAGGAGAUUGUGAAGAUUGAAAAUGAGGAAGAGAGGAGCGCCCGCUGUUCCGAGUGGCAGUCUGCAUGCAUGGUGGACAGUGAGGUCGUCAAUAACAUCCGGGUAGAGGGGUUGGAAUGUUGGAGCGUGCAAGCGGUCAUUAAAAGGACUUGUAGUAGUAACGCAUUGGACUUGAAGUGGUUCUGUGAGGAUGCGAAGGACACCGGGUACGUGUGUGGCCAGGAGUACGUACCGGAAAGCGUGUGGAUGUUCUGUAGCGACAACACGUUCAAAGUUGGGACGGUAUACGUGGAGAGUGGAUGCACGGUCUGGAAGUACCAGUGUCCUGCCUCGACGUGAUCACGAAUCGUCCCUACCUAGACGUGAUGACAAAUAGUGUUUUUUCCUAUAUAAUAAUUCAUCCUUUUCUGUACUUGUUUAAUACCAUACCCGUAGUUGUUAAUAAAUACUUUGAAUAUACCAUAUUGUAGAUACCAUUGUUUAUAGCGGUCAUUGUACAUCAAGGGGCCAUUAUUUUAAGUUUGGGUAAUACACCUUGAAUUCCGAUUAUUCUUUGAUAAAUAGUAAAGUUAUCUUUGUUAUAAGUCUUCAUUUGAAGCAAAAUAUUUGCCUUCCGACGUAGCAUUUAUGACGUUAUUUGUCACGGGGUAUCUGCUCAGUUUGCGGAAAUAUAUUUAUUAAUUUGGCGUUCUUUGAGAUUAAAGUGUAAACAGACUAUUUCAGUCUGUAUAAAAGUGCCUUUGUCUGGAUGAACAAGUAGCAGAUCAAUAAAAUGACAGACAAAGGGAUAAAUGCAUACAAUAAUGGCAAGCAGUCAAGAACGUAUUGCAGAAAAAGUACAACUUCUGUAUAACAAAGGGCCUUUGUCAAUCAACAGAGUGUUAACAAGUA